GCGUUAUGCAUUAUGCUCAAAUAUUUUCUAGACACCAAUAUUAGAUCAGUGCUUGACCGAACUCUGUGCAAUAAACUAUUGAAUAAAAUGGCCACAACGAUGAUUAAAUCUCCAAACUAUUUGUUUGGAAAUAAGCAAAAAUACUCGUUAUUGAAAACGAAAUUAUGUCAAUUUCGAUUCUUGGCAUCACAAUCCACCAACUCAGUGCGGGAACUGGAAUCGAAAAAUUCCUUCACACAACAAUGGCAAGCGGCUAAACCAUACGAAGAUAUUCCUACAAUGCCACCCCUGAAAAUGUUGCUAAACUUUUUGCCGGGGGGUAAAUUUGCCAAACUUGACAUCUCCGAUAUGUUUAUGGCAUUGCGUUCGGAAUUGGGACCGAUAUGUAAGAUGAAAGGCGUAUUUGGUCGACCCGAUAUGGUCAUCACUCAUAAUCCCCAGGAUUUUGAAACGCUGCUACGAAACGAAGGUGUCUGGCCCAAUCGUCCCGGUUCGGAGGGUCUGAGCUAUUAUCGACGUGUUCAUCGUGCGGAUUUUUUUCAGGGCGUCGAGGGACUAAUUGCCUCUCAAGGCGAACAAUGGGGUUCAUUUCGUACCAAAGUUAAUCCGAUUUUAAUGCAACCCAAAAAUGUACGCUUGUAUAUGGACAGAAUCUCACAAGUCAACAAGGAAUUUAUAAAAAGAAUUAUUGAAAUCCGCAACCCAAACACUAACGAAGUUCCCGAAAAUUUCGAAGAAGAACUCAACUUGUGGGCUCUGGAAUCGAUUUCGAUUGUGGCUCUCGAUCAAAAAUUAGGCCUUUUAAGUGGCAACCGCAACAAUCCAGAGGUUCGCAAAUUAUUCCGGCUACUAAUCGAUUUCUUUACACUUUCGGUAGAUAUUGAAUUUAAGCCACCAAUUUGGAAAUAUUACAAGACAAAGACCUUCAGAAAGAUGAUGGAGACAAUGGAUGGUAUUACAGACAUUGUCAGCCGUCAUGUGGAGCAGGCCAUAGAUCGUAUUGAAAAGACGGAGCUAAAUGAUUCAUCUGCCAAUGGCAACAUCGAACCAAGUGUGUUGGAGAAAUUAAUAAGAAUCGACAAAAAGGUGGCCACCGUUAUGGCUAUGGAUAUGUUGAUGGCGGGCAUUGAUACGACCACAUCUGCCUUUACCGGCUUGCUCUUGGUUUUGGCAAAAAAUCCCGACAAACAGCAGAAGUUACGUGAAGAAGUCAUGCGGUUAUUACCCCACAAAGACUCCGAAUUUGAUGAGCAGACCUUCAAAAAUAUGCCCUACUUGAGGGCCUGUUUAAAAGAGUCCCUUCGCAUUCAUCCCCUGGCCUUGGGCAACGCUCGUGUUUCUGCGACAGACAUGAUCUUAAGUGGUUAUCGAGUACCAAAGGAAACACAAAUUAUGAUUGUUUACCUCUCGCUUAUCAACAAUGACAGUUAUUAUCCCAGAUCAGGGGAAUAUUUACCUGAACGUUGGCUCCGGUCGGAAGUAGAAAAUGAGGAAAAUCCCAUAAAACCUCGCAGCGCCUUUGUAAAUUUUCCUUUUGGAUUCGGUGCUCGCAGUUGUAUUGGCCGUCGUAUUGUUGAAAUGGAAAUGGAACUGGGCAUAGCCCGUUUGGUUCGGAAUUUUCAUGUGGAAUUUGACUAUCCCACGGAGAAUGCCUUUAAAACUCUACUGUUUAGAGUACCCAAUAUUCCGCUGAAGUUUAAAUUCACUGAUGUUGAGAAUUGAAUAGAGUCGUAAGAGAAUAUAAAUAAAUAUUGGGGAAAUUAAUAUACAAGUUUAUAAAAGUUCGAGGAUGUAACAAAAAAUUGGAACACAAUAAACGCUCGUGCAUUUUUAAAAAUUUGAUUGAAUGCCUAUAUAGGUUCGUGAAUUUAAAAAAAAUGAACGACAAUAAACGCUCGUGGAUUUUUAAAAAUAUCUCUGAAAGACUAUAAACGCUCGUGGUUUUUUUAAAAUUAUGAUUGAAAGUUCGUGGUUUUAUUUAAUUUUUUCUUUUUCUUUCUUUUUUGAAAGCUAAUAAAAGCUUGUGGACUUUUGAAAAAUAUGAUAGGAAGACUACAAAAGCUCGCGGUUUUAUUUAAUUUUUUAU